GCAGGAGUGUGUCACAGGGGACAGAGCCUCCACACACAGGUCCCUGCUGGGUUGAACACUGUCAAAACACUGGCAGAGCGUCCACACAAGAGGCUGAGGCUACGGCGGGAAAGCAGCUGAUUGGUCGACCUUUAGGGAGGUCAGGGGUCGCGGGCCAUGGCGGGCCGACUCCUCCUCUUGCUGUUCGUCUUGCUGGCGACAGGCCACGCCCAGUUCCAGUACGGCCAGCGAUUCAAGCCCCGCCUCCAGAGAGACCGCCGUAACAUCCGGCCAAACAUCAUCCUGAUCCUGACUGACGACCAGGACGUGGAGCUCGGGUCGAUGCAGGCCAUGAACAAAACUCGCCGCAUCAUGGAGGAGGGCGGGACUUACUUCUCCAACGCCUUCGUGACCACGCCCAUGUGCUGUCCGUCACGUUCGAGCAUGCUCACCGGGAAGUACGUCCACAACCACAACACCUACACCAACAACGAGAACUGCUCCUCGUUGUCAUGGCAACGGCAGCACGAGCCGCGGACCUUCGGCGUUUACCUCAACAACACUGGAUACAGGACGGCGUUCUUCGGGAAGUAUCUGAACGAGUACAACGGCUCGUACGUUCCCUCGGGGUGGAGGGAGUGGCUCGGCCUGGUGAAGAACAGCCGCUUCUACAACUACACACUGUGUCGCAACGGCGUCCGAGAGAAGCACGGAGCCCAGUACCCGCAGGACUACCUGACAGACCUGAUAACGGCAGAGUCCAUCAGGUAUUUCCGCUCCUCAAAGCGAGUGUAUCCUCACCGGCCGGUCCUGAUGGUGCUGAGCCACGCGGCGCCGCACGGCCCCGAAGACUCCGCCCCCCAGUACAGCAACGCCUUCCCCAACGCGUCGCAGCACAUUACUCCCAGUUAUAACUACGCCCCGAACCCGGACAAGCACUGGAUCAUGCGCUACACGGGGCCGAUGAAGCCGAUCCACAUGGAGUUCACCAACCUGCUGCAGAGGAAGAGGCUGCAGACGCUGCUGUCUGUGGACGACAGUGUGGAGAAGCUGUACAACAUGCUGGUGGAGACAGGAGAGUUAGACAACACCUACAUCAUCUACACGGCCGACCACGGCUACCACAUCGGGCAGUUCGGCCUCGUCAAAGGGAAGUCCAUGCCGUACGAGUUUGACAUCAGAGUCCCGUUCUACAUCCGAGGACCCAACGUGGAGCAGGGCACCAUUAACCCUCACAUCGUCCUGAACAUCGACUUGGCUCCGACCAUCCUGGACAUCGCCGGCCUCGACACGCCGCCUGAUAUGGACGGGAAGUCGAUACUGAGUCUGCUGGACACUGACAAACCUGCCAACAGGUUCCAAGUUAACAAGAAGAGCAAAGUGUGGCGAGACUCGUUCCUGGUGGAGAGAGGGAAGCUGCUGCACCAGCGUGUGGAGGGCAAGGAAGUGUCGCAGGAGGAGAACUUCCUGCCCAAACACCAACGAGUAAGAGACCUGUGUCAGCGGGCCGAGUACCAGACGCCCUGUCAGCAGACCGGACAGAAAUGGCAGUGUGUGGAGGACGCCACAGGGAAGCUGCGGCUCUUCAAGUGUAAGAAUGAAGGGGGAGGAGCUAAGAGCCUGCAGAGGGGCGUGUCCAGCCGGCAGCGUCCAAUCAGCAUCAAGUCUCAGCUGUACCAGAGGAAGUCGGACGGCUGUGACUGCGACCUCCGACCUCUGGACCUGCGGCCGUCCGUCAUGCGCCCGUUCAACAAGAAGCCGUUCUUCUCCAAGAAGAAGUUCAAAGCCCUGAAGAGUUACUCCAGGAACCGCUACAGCCGCUCCGUCGUUUCCAUGGAGAACAGUUUCCCCGGCAACAGCAGCAGCCUGGUGGGCGGGGCCUGGGGCCAGCCAAUGAGAGACGAGUCUGAGGACGACUUCAGCGGGAUGGGAGGAGUUCCCAACGCCCUGGCCCCGCCCAACUCCAUCAAGGUCACCCACAGGUGCUCCAUCCUGGCCAACGAAACAGUGAAGUGUGAUACAGGUGUGUAUCAGUCUCUGCAGGCCUGGAAGGAUCACAAGCUGCACAUCGACCACGAGAUUGAGACGUUGCAGACGAAGAUAAAGAACCUGAGAGAGGUCAGAGGUCACCUGAAGAAGGCCCGCCCCCUGGAGUGUGACUGCAACAAAUACCUCUACAAGUCUAAACUGAAGAGUAAGCUGCGGUACCGGGGCGGCGGCCUGCACCCGUUCAGGAAGGGCGGGGUUCGGGACAAGAAGGCGUGGCUGCUGAAGGAGCAGAAGAGGAGGAAGAAGAUGAGGAAGAUGAUGAAGAGGAUCAGGAACAACGACACGUGUUCGAUGCCCGGCCUCACCUGCUUCACACACGACAACCAGCACUGGCACACACCGCCCUACUGGACCUUGGGGCCGUUCUGCGCCUGCACCAGCGCCAACAACAACACCUACUGGUGUCUGCGCACCUUCAACGAGACCCACAACUUCCUGUUCUGCGAGUUCGCCACCGGCUUCCUGGAGUACUUCGACCUCAACACCGACCCCUACCAGUUGAUGAAUGCUGUCAGCUCAUUGGACCGGACCGUCCUCAACCAGCUGCAUGUUCAGUUGAUGGAGCUGCGAGGCUGCAGGGGCCACAAGCAGUGUAACCCCCGCACGCGCUCAGUGGAGCCGGAGGUCAGAUCUGGGACGGCUGGGAGGGCUAAGCCGUCUGAUUGGUUGGAGCAGGCUUCUGACCCCGCCCACAGCCUGCAGGAGCGAGACGGGUCGGUGACCGCUCCGCCCGGCGGCCCCGCCCCCGUGUCAUCAGCCAGCCAACCAGCUUCCGCCAUAUCUCUGACGUCACUCGCUCCGCCCACCCUGCUGCUCAGGGAGACGCUGGGACGCCACGUUCAGCACAGCUCCUCCCCCUCCUCCUCCUCGGCUCCGCCCCCUUCCUCCUCUGAGGAGGGAAGCUCCAGCUGGAGGAGCCCGGAGGAGGAGGAGGAGGAGGAGGAGGAGGAGGAGAGCAGUGAGGAAGAGGAGGAUGAGGAGGAGGAGUGGAGGAGGUGGAGGAGGAGACAGGAGAACUGUGACUGUCGGGAUCUGAGCCAGUAAAACAAACUAAAGACAAACUGGGAGGUGAACAGGAAGGAAGUGACGCUCCUGCUGAAAUUAAUUUAAUAUCAAUUAACUAAUAAUAACAUAACAAUUAUCACACUUUAAUGUCGAUUAACAUUAAGUUAUUGAUUAUGUUUUUUCAGUAUUCGAUUAACAUGUUGAGUCGUUCAUCUAGUAAAAAAAAAAAAAAAAAAAAAAAAAAAAAAUUCCUCCACUGUCUGAGAUCAGCUGCCCCAUGAGAGGGACUCUUAUUGUCUUGAUUUGAUGUAUUUCCUGUUGGAACAGGAAGUGUGGGCGGGACGCGGUGCAAACCAACAGGAUCUCAGUU